CUGCUAGCUACACUACGCAAUGGCACAGCGCAUCUCAGCUGAUGCAGUAAUACAGUUGUUCGAUGGAGAGGACCCUGGCAGCCUCUCCGAGUCCAUGUUUGAUGGUAGCGACGAUGAUCUGGGGAUGGACUCGGACUUUGAUGGCCACGAGUCAGACUCCGAGCAUAUGGACAUGAUCCAGAGCCAAUCCCUGCUGCCAGCAGCUCAGAGAGUAGUGAGAGUAAUAUGGAGUGGACCAACGAGGAGGAUGGACUUGCAGCUCAAUCUGAGACAAGCACGAGAGAGGAAGGGGGACGGAGAGGGAGAU